AUGCGUGUACCAUUAAAAAAUCUCGAACUACUUGAUGAAGCUAUUGCCGACGAAGAUGGCUCCUGGGGCAGUACACCGGAAGGAUGGGAAAUACAUCUUGAAAUAUUAAUAGCAGGUGGCGCAAUCGAAGAGGACCUUUCAUUGAAUGAUAUAAUUACUACUCAUGCCCAUAUGUUAAAUUCAAUGGUUCUAUUUGCAAUAAAAAUUGUAGACGAAUAG